GCAUCUCUCUCUCUCUCUCUCUCUCUCUAUCUCUCUCUCUCUCUUUCUCUCAUAAGUAAGAAAGAAAGACUUGAAAGUACAAGCAAGAAGCAGUAGGAAAAGAGACUUUUGAUUAUUAAAUCUAAAAGAAAAGCAUGAUGCACCUCAAGGAAACUGAGUUAUGCCUUGGCUUGCCUGGAGGAGGGUGUGAAGCAGAUACAGCUUUAAAGGUCACAGGAAAACGUGGCUACUCACAGACUGUUGAUCUUAUGCUUAACCUUCAAACCAAUGAUCAGUCUUCUUCAACUGAUCUCAAUGAUAACAAGUUGCAGAAUUCAACUAAGAACAACAAAGAUCCCAUCAAACCACCAGCCAAGGCACAGGUGGUAGGAUGGCCACCCGUUCGAAACUAUCGCAAGAAUGUGAUGGCUCAGAAGAGCAACAAUGAGGAAACCGAGAAGGUGGUGGCAGCCACAGCGGGUGGAGGCAGCGUUGCGGCGUUUGUGAAGGUUUCCAUGGAUGGAGCACCUUAUCUUCGCAAGGUGGACCUCAAAUUGUAUGAGAGUUAUCAACAACUAUCUGAUGCUUUGGCCAAGAUGUUUAGUUCAUUCACCAUGGGAGAUUAUGGAUCCCAAGGGAUGAUAGAUUUCAUGAAUGAGAGCAAGUUGAUGGAUCUUCUUAACAGUUCUGAAUACGUUCCAAGUUACGAGGAUAAGGAUGGCGAUUGGAUGCUCGUAGGCGACGUCCCAUGGCAAAUGUUUGUUGAAUCUUGCAAGCGACUUCGAAUCAUGAAGGGAUCAGACGCAAUUGGACUAGCACCGAGAGCGAUGGCGAAAUGCAAGAACAGGUGCUAAACUCAUGUUUAAAGCAAACCCUAAUCUUGAUUCAAGUUCAUGGCAAAUUAAGUAUGAUCAUCAAAGAACAUGGAUGGGAUCAAGCAUAUUAUGUUUUAAUGUGUUUGAAAUUGUUUUUUUUUUUUUUUUUCAUUUUUGUUUUUUUAAGGAAAGAACUUAAUUAAGUUUUAUAGUAUAUAGAAUUUGUUAAAAGGUGAAUUUCGGACAUUUGUAAUGGAUAAAAAACAAUAAUCUUCUACGUCUUGGUUGCCUCACGAAACUUGGAGUGUUUAAUUUGUUGUUCAUGUUUACAAAAGUGAUUAUUCAUGGUGUAUUAAA